AUGACACAUCCUCCCUUCCGGCACGAAGAUUACACGGUAGGAUGGGUAUGCGCCCUCCCGAUUGAACUGGCUGCCUCGCGCAAGAUGAUGGAUGAGAGGCACCCAAGUCUCCCUCGGAAUAAUGAUGUCGAUACCAAUCUUUAUACGUUGGGCCGUAUAGGUCAGCAUAAUAUUGUCAUGGCAUGCCUUCCUUAUGGCUUGACAGGAACCACCCCAGCUGCUACUGUUGCGAUUCAAAUGAAGUCGACGUUUCCUUCCAUCCGUUUCGGCCUGAUGGUGGGUAUUGGAGGUGGAGUCCCUAGUGCCAGUAUCGACAUCCGACUCGGCGAUGUAGUCGUCAGCCAGCCGCAUAUGGGCCAUGGCGGCGUGGUGCAGUAUGAUUUUGGAAAGACAAGACCAAAUGAGUUUGAGCGAACGGGAUUUCUUAACUCUCCUCCCACCGUCCUACUGAAUACGAUUGCAGUCGUACAGGCCAAUCAUCUUACUGGGGAAAGUCAGCUUGCCGAAUUCCUAUCAUGCCUCAGCAACCUACUACCAUUCGCCCCUCCUCACCCAGAUCCUGAUAAUUUAUUUAUGGCGAGCUAUAAUCACAUUGAUGGGGAAAAUUGCAAGGGGUGUAGCAAGAGGAUGCUAGUGAGACGGCCCUCUCGGACUGAAGAUAAUGUCGUCCAUUUCGGCACGAUAGCAUCUGGUAAUCAGCUAAUGAGAGACGGAGAUGUUCGAGACAAGCUCAGCUCAGAACUCGGGGGUGUGCUUUGUUUCGAAAUGGAAGCGGCUGGAUUGAUGAAUGAUUUUCCAUGCCUCAUCAUUCGAGGCAUCAGCGAUUAUGCCGACUCACACAAAAACAAGAAAUGGCAGGGCCAUGCAGCAGCAACGGCCGCUGCCUGUGCCAAAGAUAUUUUGUCGGUCAUACCUGCUCGCGAUGUACAGACCACACCCACUGUCGGCGAGGCUAUCGGGGCUUCCUCUACAAAGCCACAACAUCAAUCUGACCUUGCUAUGCCUGGGUCUACAGAGCUUGUUGAUUCAUCCAUGUUUGCAGGAUCGCAAGGUAAUGACGCCCGAGAAAACGAAGUUCCAUCAAAUAGCAAUCCUUCCAGAAGUAAGACCAGAGAGGAAGAAUACGAAGUCCCGGCUUUCCUAAAGCCUCAGCUAGAUCCAUCAUACCUCUUCAGGAAACGUCGGUCCUUUAUGCGACGGAACCGGUCAUGGACAGAGUGGACCGAAGACUCGUCUGAUCUGUUUCAGAGCCUUGAACGCUGGAUGUCAGUAGCUGAUGCUUCGCUCUUUGUGGCGAAGGCCAUUUCAAAUGACGAUGGCAGGCAAAAGGCUACAGACUUUGUCGUGGCGGUGAUCGACUUUCUGAAGUCGCAAGAAAGAUGCAAAGUGAUCUGGGCGUUAUCGUAUUCUGUCCGUCCGGAUGACGGGGCUGUGCCUAUCAUUGACAUUUUCAAAACUCUAAUAAGCCAGGCCAUUCGACUGGACCCGUUAUGGGGCACAACCGAGUCCGCAUUGUCAGAAUCCGAAUACGGGACCGAAGAAAUCUACCAACGCCUCCUGACGAUCCUCUCUCGGAUGACAGAAUGCUUUGUGAUAAUUGAGACAAACAAUCGAAUGUGGGCUGGGCGGCUGCUUAUGGAUCUACAGAAGAUAGCUGAUGAUUCACCUGCGACAGUUAAAAUAAUGAUCCUCGCGUACGGAAAGGCAUCACUAGAGUUCUCGAAUCUGCCCCUGAAGGAUAAAAGGAUUGUCGAUACAGUUCCUGAGACUAUUACGGCGAGGCAGGCGAACAGUUCAUGGGUGGAAGAAUCUACAUCCAAGAUGCUGAGGAUAGUUCGAUAG